AUGUCAGCCAUAGAGAACACUCUUCAGUCAAUCCAAAACCAGCUGGAGUCCGUUCCGUUCUACGACGAUCUGGUAGACAAGUGGAACGACCUGGCCGGGGACAAAAUUAAGACUAAAGAUCCGUUUGUCGAGACAUUGCCGAAUGGCUCGACGCGCAAACUGAAACUUCCAGAUAAUGCUACAAAGAAACAGAAAAAGGCAUGGAAACGAAUACAAAGAAGAGCAUGGAUCGACGACAAGUGUUUCCUCGGAUGCUAUCCAAUUGAUUGCGGAAUAGGUUUGGGGCCCAUUGUGGUGAUACUUCCGGGAAUCGGUCCGCUACUAAUGUACGCCAUUCACGCUCGGCUGAUCCACAUGGCCAGCCAUGCGUUUGAUAUUGAUCCCGCAACGUACUCCAAAAUGCAGGCCAAUAUUCUAUUUGAUCUGCUCAUCUCAUUACCGCCCCUGAUUGGCUCUUUCUUUGCAUGGAUGAACGGCUGCUCUACGCGAAACGCGGCCAUCGUCCAUACGCGAGUUCGAAAACUGCUUGCUAUUCAAGAGCAACAGCAACAGCAGUACCAGCCCCAGCACCGUUCUGACCAUUUGCAACGGCCUGCGCCAGCGGCCACUUCAGCCUCCAACCCGCCACCACUGCCACCGAAAUCAGCUACCAUACGAGAUCCCCAAGCGGCGGCGGUAACGCGAAGAUAA